AGUUCGUAGCACUGAGAGACACCCAAAGUUUUGUCGUUUGUGAGGUGUGAGUCGAAAACGGGAGUCAGUUUAGAGACGAUCUCAGUUCGAGCGGUAACCGCAAAUCGUGUGGAAGCGCAACGCCGUAAUCGUCUCUGGCUUUUUCCCAGAGGCUGCACCGCUGACCUCUGUCUGAUAUCUACCCACGUAGUAUAUUUAAUAAACAACAUAUAAUACUCGAUCGAUCGCUUGUAUAAAUAGCGGGCUUUUAGCACUGCAUUGAUAUAGUCAACCCGUUGCACAAAAUGAACACGUAUCGCGCUCUGAUGAUGAUCGGGCUAGUUGCACUCGCCGUCUGCUUGGCCAGCGCACAAUCAGCCGCGACGGAUAAGCCCAAAACGGAUGUGGAUCGUAGCAACAAUGGCGUGGAGUCAUCCAUAGCCGGCACAGCGGAGCUGCCAACCGCGCCGACGCAAGCUCAGCCGGUGUCCAGCUAUCUGUAUAAUCAAGGAGGAAAUGUUGUGCUGCAAAACGAAGCUGGUAGCAUCUACACGCGCCCCGAUGGACGUAAGGUAUUGGUUGGAGCUGGCGGCCAGACGAUUGUAACUGGAGGCGAUGACAGCGAUGAGGAUGACGAUGAUGAUACUCAAUCGGGAUUUAGCGGCAACUACGGCAACAACAUUGUCAUCAAUGGAAGAAGUGUUGGUGGCUCGAGUUUUAUUUCGAGCAAUGGCGGCGCAUUGGUAAUGAACCAGGCCGGAGAGGGUGGCUACCAGACAUACAACAAUCACCAGAUUCGUAUUGUCAACGGCGGUCUGCAGCUGACCACCGGCGGACAGGUGUAUGAUUUUCCGGCUAAAGAUGCUAGCGUCAGUUCCCAGGAGAAGAUCAACAUCAAUGGCCAAGAAGCUACAGUGCAGUACGAGAAUGGCAACAUUGUUGUGGAGCUGGCUGAUGGCACAGUGCUGGCCAAGGCCGAUGGCGGACUCUUCAGCGGCGAUCGCAAUUCAUAUGUGAACAGAAAGCAGAUUCAGGAGGAUGCUGCCCGACAGGCUGCCAAGGUUCAGGAAGACAUUGCACAACUGCAAAAGGAAUUGAAUGAGCGGCUCAACUUUCAAAUGAGGAAGCUACAGGAAGAUCUAGAGCACACCCUGGGCAACAUUCAUUUCUAGUAUAUUGAAUAAAAUGUGAGCAGUUACACUGCAUACAGCUUUGCAUAUACUCAAUAUUAUUUUCAGUAGCUGCUCAAACACAUUUUAUAUACUACUUAUUCAUGAGUGUCUAUAACUUAUUGUCGAAAUAAAGUACAUAUUAUCGAGCUAUUGUAAUGUGCAUUUAAA